CACUUACGGCGGUCUUCACGAUAUGGUGCUCUUUAAAUAUUUAAAAUCAAUAUUAUUAUAGAGCGUUUAGAUAAGAAAUGGCGUGUAAUCGAUUUUUAACGGCCUCUAACUACUCUCAGUGAAGUGUUAAAAUGAAGUUUUGGAUACCGUUUUUCAGUAGAAAGGAUAUGUUUCGGAUAUUGCGGAGAAGGUUCAGUUUAAGGCGAGGCGCCGGUGUAAAUGUUCAAGACGAUAAUGGAUAUACUCCCCUCCAUCAUGCCUGUUUACGUGGCCACAAAGAGAUAGUACGGUUGCUACUAUCAGUGGAUGCGUCACCAUGCGUCGUGGACAAGAAGGGUGCUACGCCCCUUCAUUUGGCAGCGUGGAAGGGAGAUGUCGAUAUUGUAGCCAUGCUCCUCAACCACAACAAUCCACCUGUCAAUGUCAAUCACGUGACCCUGGACCAAGAGACGGCGCUGUUGAUGGCAGCACAAUUCGGUUUCGUGAACGUAGUGGCUCAGCUCAUAGCUCAUGGAGCUGACGUCAACAUUCGGAAUAUCAAGCAAGAGAGUGCCUUGGACUUGGCAGCGCAGUAUGGACGGUUGGAAACCGUCCAGCACCUGUUGCGAGUCCAGCCUAUGCUGGUUCAACCUUACAAGUACCCGAAUUGGAAGGUCAGGUCCUUUUCUUCCACACCCUUGCACAGAGCUAGCAAGAAUGGACACAAGGAGGUAGUCCAAGUCUUGCUGGCAGCGGGCAUAGACCCGAACAUACGCACAAACUCUGGUACACCGCUCCAUGACGCUGCCUGUUUCGGGAAGGCAUCUGUAGUAAGAAUACUGUUAGCCAAGGGCGCUGAUCUCAGAGCGUUAGACGGCCGAGGGAAGACAGUAGAAGAUCUUCUGGCGGACUAUUCGGAGGAAGCCACGAGAAGAGUCAGAAGGGUUAUACGAGAAUACGAGAGUAUGGCUCGAAAUAACUACGAGAGUGAAGAUGAUUUUCCACCAUUUCCGGUGCAAGACAAUAGUCCCACAAGCUAUCCCCAGCACCUCGUCAUGACAGCCCCAGAGACCCAGAAAGAUAUAAAUACUAGCUUAACAACUUCAUCUUCAUCACUUGUAACCCGUAAUCCAUCCCAGAGUUUCGUCAAAAAGCUUGCUUCUAAAUGCUUAAGCUUUAAAGCAAAGUUUAACUCUGCGCCUAAUAUCACUAACAUCUCUGAAUCGAAUGUAGAUAUUAAAAAGUCUGAAGUAAAAUCAUCGAAUGCUUUGCAUAUUGGCAAUAGCAAGUUUUUUAAGAAAUUGUCAAAGAAAGAGGAGUCUGGUGAAAUAAAUUGCAACGACGAAUUUGACACUAUAUCCUUAGAUAGAGUUGGUAUUUUAAAUAGAGAUUCAACUGUAAAUCGAAGUAAUAGAAGUUGUCCAGGAUUUAAAACCUCUUUACCAAAUAUAUCGGAAAAUAAUGAACUAAGCGAUUCAAGAGAAUCCAUUCCCGAGGUCAAAGUUGCUGCGGAUAAUAGUUCCGAUAAAGUAAAAGUGGUAGAAGCUGUAAAUCCGGUUGCUAAACAAGAUAUUUUUGAACCUCGACCUCAAAGUAAUAGAAAGUCAGUGAUUUCAAACACGUCUGUAGAGUCGGCUCAUUUAGUAAACGAAUGUUAUGAGUCCUACGAAUUUUCUACCCAUUCUGCCGUUGUUGAAUCAAAAGAAACAAAACAAAUAAAUUCAUUAUCAAAACCCAAACCCCCGCCGAGAAAUGUCUCUGAAACGGUCACCACUGAAACUAUUUAUGAAAAUGUUUAUUUAGAAAAAAAUAACACUCUUCCGCCAAAACCUGCACAAAGGACUCAUAUCCCGAAUAAAGAAUUUCAUGUUUCUUCUAAUAAACCCACUUUGUACGAAAACAUAAUCAUUCCAGUUAGAAAAGCCCCCGAACCCCCAAAAAGAACAUAUUUUCCCCAGAAAUCCACUGAAUCAUCACCCAGUGUUAGUAGGUCGUCCACACUGUCAUCAUCAUCUGAUUCUAUGAUAGAUGAAACAAAUUUGGAAGAUAUUUUACUUUCAGAAAAAUCUAAAUCUUUUCGUCAUGGUCAGAAAGUUUUAAUCCGUAAAGAAUCAAGGUCUAGUAUUAAUAGAACUCAAUCAAAUGCUUCAGAUUAUUCCGACAUCACUGAGGCAAGUGCCAUUGAAAAUGUCGAUUGUAGUGGUGAUGCAGAUGACAGAGCAUUAUAUUUAUCCAUGACUGGUACAUUACCCUCAAAGAAAACAGAUAAAACUAUUAAGAAAAAGGUUUUAUUUAGACAUAAGACCUUCACAAAUAUUGAAGUGGAUAGAAAUUCAGUAAACGUCAAAGAUCUACCAAAAUGGUCCAAUGAAUUCCUAAAAGAAACAUUAGCUCACUACCAUAUUAGGGGAACGGGACACUGCAUUUACAACGCACCUACUGUUCAAGAAUUUAUUUCGAUUUUUAAUAAAGACACUUUAGAGACUGGCACAGUUUCUACUGGUUCGAAUAAGAAAAGGGAUAGUUAUUUUGAAACAGCAAUAUGCUUUUGUAGGCCUAAACCUCCCAAGUUUCACAGCAGUGCAGAAGAUUUAUUAGAUAUUUCACCAAAAAGCGAGGAUAUAGUUACAAUUGACACGGCUGCAUUAAAAGAUAAAAUUGAGAUUGUGAAUUCUUCAUUUAGAUGUUUCUGCGAUUCGGAACAGUGCUCUUUACAUGCAAGUAAACGUGAAUCGCCCAUUGAUUUAAUCGUUAAGUUUUCUGCUAUCAAAAGAAGUUUAUCAACACCAGAUAUCACGCUAGGUACUCUUUCUUUGACACGACAAUCAGGUGGUUUAACAAAAAACAAAUCAGUACCAAUGAAUUUAGAAGAACCCUAUGCUGUAGUCACUUUACAAGAUAUUAUAGAUAGAAAUAAAUCAAAAACACGUGAAAGUUUCACUUAUGUUGAAAUGUCACCGCAUACAUCCCUCUCUUCCACUGAUAGACCAUAUUCCAUCAAAGACAUAUCUGAUGUAAUUUCUUUAAAAUCUACUAGAUCAUCUAUCGAUUCUAAAUCUCUGUCUGCUUCAGACCGUUUACCGCUAACAAAAUCAACCUCGGAACACUCUGGUCAUUGGUCAUUGCAAUCAUGUAAUUCAAAUAUCACAAUUAAGUCGGAUGCAUCAUACAAAACAUGCUUGGACGAAUCAUCAUCGGACGAUGGUUCCGAUGGUACUUUGCAAUCGGAUGAAGAAAGUUCUGAUGCAGAGACAAUAAAGUCUGACGUGAGCACGACCAAAAGGCCGUGGAAGCAUAGUAACUCGUUUAGGUUUGGUAAUGCUCUGGUCAAAAGGAGCGAUGAGGCUAUCGAUGUGAUCGAGGAAGAGUCCAGUAAACUGGAUACGUCAUCCUCCAAGUCAGAGAGUGGGGUUUUGAUCGAUUCUGAUUCUUCAUCCGAUUGCGGGGAUAGUGGUGUUCCGGGGUCUGGGUCGCUUGCUUCGCUUGAGCAUGGUUCGGGGUUGGUGGGUGUUCACAGUGGGUCUCGCCGGCGCUGGGACGAGGCUGAGGGAACAAGCGAAGGUGAUGCGUUAAGCGUGUCCAGCGCUGCAUCCAGCUGCGCACCAAUGCACCUCGCACAUCACUACGAACACAGUAAAGUCUCGCCUACCCCUCCCAAGAAGCCUCCCCGGAGGAAUUUAUCAGUCUCCCCCACCCAUGCCAACUCUCCGUCAUCUGGCUACAGCUAUGAGCUAAGAUCUCAUGCCAGAAGUCAAGAUGACUUGGACGAAAUACAGGGUUCAAAGCACUACCUCAAGCACGGUCGAUCAGUCGAUCAAUACGUUGACGGUAAACUUUCCUACAUGGACUAUGAGGAGAAUCACAAUUCGCCUCGGGCGAUUCCGGUCCCAAACCCACGACCCAGCCUCAAAACUCGCACGCAGCCGGUCGCAAUCACUGCAAUGUACGAAAACGUGGUGAUAAAAGAGCAGAAUCCAAGACGGAAAUUGAGAAGAAACAAUUUUGGACCCCAAAGCGAGGAUACGAUCGAGAGGGUCAAAAAGUAUUCGAACCAAGAAAGGUCUUCCCUAGAGAGUUUGUUGGACGAUCAGUCAAUGAACAGUCCAAGUGAUUGUGAGCGGUAUUGUGAUGGGCCGAAGAUUGAUAUUCCUUUGUCUCCAAGCCAUUAUGAACAGCCACCUACGCCUGACCAUCCGCCACCAUCGGCCAAGCAAGCGGAGAGAAGCAUUCAUGAAAGGAUACGACCUUUAAGUCAGGAAUACAAGAGAAGAUCAACGUUACGAGACAGUCAGACAGAGACCGACAUCAGUCUGCUGAGAGCAGCUUCAGCGGUCUCCGUGGCUAGUGGCGCUACUGAUAGGAGUGGUAAUACGGACAAUUGUGUUGAAGAAUACGUCUGCGAUGUACCGUUUGCAGGCCUCUUCAAAGGCUCCACCACCACCCUCGACGGAAUAGGCCUACGACCGAUGCCCGCGGAACGGCCGAAGACAUUACGGAAACUCAAGUCAGUGUACGACGCGUCACCCACAGAGCCUACUAAUGUCAACACCAACAGCAGCAAUGGACAGGUGGACAGAAGCUUCAAUGGUACGGAGGAUGAAGUCAGAAGAAGGAGUAAUACGACAAGCUCGAGUCAUAGUGGCGACAAAUCUCUCUCAAUACUCAGCCCAUUUGAUGAGCAGGAGGAAUGGGCGAAAAUCUCCGAGAUAAUGGCCUCAUUUGGGAGCAAGCUUGUUCGCGAAUCCGUCUUCGUCUCAGAACUUGAACAGGAGUUUACGAACCGCCUCGGCCUCAGUUGUUCCGAGUCCAGUCUUAGUCCGUCGGUGGCGUCCAGCCUGGGUCUUUGGCUGUCUGGUUUGGGUCUACAUGACUAUGAACCCUUAUUCAUAGAUAGCGGAUAUGAUGAUAUUGAGUUUGUCAACGGAAUCCUGGACGAGAACGACCUACGAGAAAUGGGAAUAGAAGAGAACGAUAGACAAAAAAUUCUAGAAUCAUCGAAACAGUUACCUCUUAAGAUUACAGAAAUAAGCAAUAAUCAUAACAAUAACGUAAUAAAAAAUCAAUAUGGCUCCGUGGACGAAUGGUUACGGAACAUUAACUUAGAACAAUAUAGUGAGACUUUUAGAAAGCAUUUGUAUGUAGAUAUGGAUCGAGUUAGGAGAAUAUGGGAAGUGGAACUGACUGCGGUAUUGGAGAUAAACAAGCCGGGGCACAGGAAACGAAUCCUCUGUUCUGUGUCAGGAGAGCAUAAUGGUCCGGCGAAUAACAUCGAGGAUAUUAAUGCUGAUCUCAAUAAUUUGAAAAACAAUAUUCAACAGCUAAAAGACGAAAUCAAAGAAAAAUUGCCGCCUUCGGAAAAUUUGAAGCCUGUACCACCGCCUGUCGUUCCCACGCUAGCGCCACCUGGAGGCGAGACUUUAAAACGUAGUAAAAAGAACAGACCUGCUCCUCAACCUCCUAGACCCUCUGAUCUGGAGAUCAGGGCGCCUUCGGAACUGCUAGUCGGAGUACCGGGGGCAUUGAAGACGCAGUGGAAACAUCAGCCAUUCGUACUUGUGACUGGUGCUGUUACAUAUGUAGCUAAUUACUUAGGAUCGACGGUUGUGAAAGAAUUACGAGGGACGGAAUCGACAAAGAAAUCAAUACAAAAACUGAAGAAAACUACCAAAGAGCCGCGGGAUUCGCCCGAUAUCAUUCUGUCUAUCAGUUAUCGAGGUGUCAAGUUCCUAAACACUAUAACUAGGGAGUUGGUGUGUGAACACGAAAUCCGAAACAUUCACUGCGCCUGUCAAGACGCCGAUGAUCUGACGCAUUUUGCUUACAUCACUAAAGACCACACCACCAAGAGCCACUAUUGUCAUGUCUUUAGAGUUGCUACUAUGGAUCAAGCGACUGAAGUUAUCUUAACUCUCGGUGAAGCAUUUGAAGUUGCCUACCAAAUGGCCCUUCGAGAACAAGCAAUCAAGAGUAAAGUCACCCAAUCAAUAACUAAAACACCACAGCAUGAGGUAAAAGAAAAGCCAUAUCAUGGCAGAUCACAUUCCAUAACAGAGAUAAAGUUGAAUGGUCAUCAACUGAAAAUCGCACCUAUUGCUGCUUCACUAUCUAACGAAGACUUCCAGAAGGAUGGAUCAAAGAGCCCUAGGACUCCGCUACUGAAAGCGCCCAUAGCGUCUACCGAAGAAUUGUGAAAGUACUAACCCGUCAGACUAUACCAAUUUUAGUUUUUGUGUGAGGUUUGGGUCGCAUCUUAGUUAUCGCGAAUUAGCGUGAAUUGUUCGGUUUUUGACCUAUGAUAUAAGGAAUAUAUACUAAAUACAAUAAAUUAACAAUUAAAAAGCAAUAUUGGCCGAGUGGUUUUAGCGUCCGACUUUCAUCCCUGAGGUCGUAGGUUCAAUCCCCGGCAGUGCACUAAUGGACUGUCUACGAACACUCGCUCGUAAGAUCUCAAAUCAAAUCGACGACAUGUGUCAGACAGAAGGCUGAUCUACUUGUCUAUGACCAUAUAGGGUUGAAGUAUUACCAAUAAAAUUAAACAAAUUCAAAAAAUAUAACUUUUAUUGAUAUAUUGUAUGAAUAUCUCAUUAGAAGAAACCCAAUUCCUUAAAA